AUGCUGAGUAAAACCACAGCGAAAUAUCCUCUCACGAGGGUCGAGAUUAAAUCAUUCACAAUUCACAGAGGGGUGGUGGGGGAAUCAAUCGACAACGCCAUACUCGGUCAACUACCGAAGUGUGUGAUAAUCGGUUUUGUCGAAAAUAAGGCGUUUAACGGUGAUAGUGUAAUGAAUCCGUUUAAUUUUAAAAACUUUAAUAUAAAUUUCCUGUCGCUUUACGUCGAUGGAAUGCAGGUUCCUACUAAACCGUUACAACCUUCUUUUUCAAAAGACGCUCCUCUCUACAUCGAGGCUUUUUAUACUCUUUUCUCGGGGACGGGUAUUCAUUUUCUAAACGAAGGCAAUGCUAUAAGCAGAGAUGCUUAUGCGCAUGGUUACACACUCUUUGCUUUCGAUCUCACGCCUGAUUUAUCGGCCAAUUGCGUCGAUCAUUGGAAUCUCGUGAAGCANGGAAGUUUGCGAAUUGAAGUACGAUUUGAAAAAGCUCUUGAAACGACUAUUAACUGCCUUGUUUACGCGAAAUUCAACAGUGUUUUGGAAAUCGAUUCAUCGCGCCAAAUCAUUGUGGAUUAUAACGGAUAA